AUGGAAAGAAAUUUUACCAGUCCUACAUUUCCUAAAUCAACAAAACCAUCAAAAGGUCGACGUCGUGAAUUGACUGAAGAAGAAAACGAUGAAAUUAAAGAAGCAUUUGAAUUAUUUGAUAAUGAUAAAGAUAAUGAACUUGAUUAUCAUGAAUUUAAAGUUGGUCUUCGAGCAUUAGGUUUUGAUGUACAUAAAGCAGAAGUUCAAAAAUUAAUGCGUGAUUAUGAUCGUCAAGGUAAAAAUAAAAUAACUUAUCAAGAUUUUCAUGAAAUUGCUGCUGAAAUGAUACUUCAACGUGAUUCACGUGAUGAAAUCCUUAAAGCAUUUAAAUUAUUUGAUGAUGAUGAAUCAGGAAAAGUUUCAUUAAAAAAAUUACGACGUGUUGCAAGAGAACUCGGCGAUAAUGUUAAUGAAGAAGAACUUAAAGCAAUGAUUGAUGAAUUUGACUUAGAUGGUGAUGGAGAAAUUAAUUUUGAUGAAUUUUUGGCUAUGCUCAACUCAGAUUAA